CCACCACGCCCACUUGCAGCCGCGCGCGGCACCACCAGUCCACCACUAGCUAGCCUAGCCACCCAGUUGCCGUAGUUUUACGCGUGAACGCACGCGCGCAUCUGCCAAAACCCACGUCCCUCCCGGCCACCGCGCGCGUGCCUCGUCGUCGGCACGCCGGCGCGUGCAAUCGAUCUACUCCCAGCCGCCCAAGUUCGUGGACUGGGUAGUAGUAGCAGCUAGGGGUUGUCGGCAGGCAUCCUUAUGAGGCGCUUCCUGCCGGCCGGAGGCGGCGGCGGCGGCGGCGGGGAGCCGUCGUCUUCCUCCUCCUCGGGCGGGCAACACCAGCACGGCGGCGGGCUCGCGGGCGAGAGGGCGGCGGCGGGCCUGCGGUACCGAGGAGGCGACAUCUCGCUGGGGCACGGGCACGACGACGGACAUCGUCGUCAUCAGUACCACCUCGGCGCCGGCGACGCGGCGGAUAGGCAGAACGACGGGUCCAUGGACAUGCUGGCGCGGCACAGCAGCUCGCCGGUCGGCUUCUUCUCCAACCUCGUCAUGGACAACGGGUACCCACGCUCAAAUAAAGCCGGAGUCAGUGGUGGCGGCGAAGGUCAGCGUGAUCCUUCAACGGCCAACAACAAUAGUGGAAGUAGCAGCAGCGGCCGGAAGAUGAAGCCGUCGUCGUCCGGGUUCAACUUCGCCGGCGGGACGCAGCAGCAGGGCCAGCAGCAGGGCGCCGCCGGGGGCCACCUCUCGCGGAUCUCCGAGGACGGCUGCGCCAGCUUCCCGGCCGGCGGCCUGGUGGGCGACCGCGCUGCAGGUGGCCGCGGCUCUGGCGAGAGCAGCAGCGGUGGUGCUGCCGCGGCGGCGCGCUCGUACUCCGGCGGGUUCUCCAUUGUUGGGCCGUGGGAAGAGUCCAGGGACAUCAUUACCACCCUCGGCGCAUACGACCCUCAGUUUAGCGGCGCCAUGGCGGGUACGGCGCUGGAGAUGGCGGGCAUGGACAGGUACAUGCAGCUGCAGCAGGACCAGGUGCCGUUCAAAGUGCGCGCCAAGCGCGGGUGCGCCACGCACCCCAGGAGCAUCGCCGAGAGGGAGAGGAGGACGAGGAUCAGCGAGAAGCUCAGGAAGCUCCAGGACCUCGUGCCCAACAUGGACAAGCAAACGAGCACCGCGGACAUGUUGGACCUUGCAGUUGAGCACAUCAAGGGCCUGCAGAGCGAACUGCAGGCUCUGAAACACGAGCAGGAGAAGUGCACCUGCUGCCGAAAGCGAUAGCGAUUCACAACAGGGAGGGCAUAGAACACAGAAACGCGUCCAUCUUUAACGGUUACUGCUACCUUCAAUUUCCUUGAUGUGAGGAAUUGUACAUGGAUGAAGCCAUCUACAUAUCUUGAUUGUCGAGUCCUUGUUGAGAGUCCUAAUUUUAGUGAUUAUUAGCACACAAUGGGAGUGCAUUCGGCGCGGCCCAUGGAUGGAGCGUGCAUAUGCAAUUUUGCGUGCAUAGCUACCAUUUCCAAAGCAGUGAGAUCCACAUAUAGUCAUGCAUGGACAUCUAGCUAGGCAGGCAGUGCCAAAAUAGGCAACCCUUCUGUUCUGAUACUUUGGUUUCUUCGGUUUGUUGAUGUUCAACUUGAAUUUUAGAUUUCCUUUUAGGAUAUAUAUCUGGAAACAUUUUUUUUUUCUAUUAUUAUUUAUACAAGUGCCUGAUUUUA